UCCGUACCUCUACGUUCAGGUGAGUUCUCUCCUUCUGCGUGGUGAUUCCUCCUGACCCCCUCCAUGCAAGUGUUGUUGUUGUUGUACAGUACAAUCACUAUCAGUGCCGGCCGGGAGUAUCAGAGUGACAAUCAGGCUGACGUUGGUCUCUUCUUAGUGCUCCACCCAGAAACACUCCUCCGCAUCGGGAAGCUCGAACGGCCCUCAACAUACCUACCUACCGACCUACCUACCUACCAUCUGAUAACCAGUCUUUCGCUUUUCCUCCUUUCUCCUUUGUCUUGUGAGACUUCAUCAACACACUGUCACCAUGUCGCAAAGUCAUGCUCUUUCCGAUGACCAGGUUGCGGGCGAGCUCCGCAAGAUGACGGCCUUCAUCCGCCAGGAAGCGGUGGAGAAGGCCCGCGAGAUCCAAUUGAAGGCCGACGAGGAGUUCGCCAUCGAGAAAUCCAAGCUGGUCCGCCAGGAGACCGCCGCCAUCGACACCCAGUACGAGAAGAAGUUCAAGCAGGCCGCCAUGUCCCAACAGAUCACCCGUUCCACCCUCGCCAACCGCACUCGCCUGCGUGUCCUCUCCGCUCGCCAGGAGCUCCUCGACGAGCUGUUCCAGCAGGCCCGCGAGCAGAUCUCCGGGAUCGCGGCCAAGGAUGCCGACAAGUACCAGACCGUGCUGAAGGGGCUGAUCCUCGAGGGGCUAUAUGCAUUGAAUGAGGACAAGAUCGGCGUGCGGGCGCGCAAGCAGGACUUUGACACUGUCAAGAAGGCGAUCGAGGAGGCCGAGAAGGAGUUCCACGAGACGGUCGGCAAGGAGGUCACCGUGGAGCUGGACGAGGAGGAGACUUUGCCGGAGGGAUCUGCAGGUGGUGUCGUGAUUGUGGGCGGUCAGGGCAAGAUCGAAAUCAGCAACACGUUCGAGGAGCGACUGCGUCUGCUGGAGAUUGAUGCUCUCCCCGCCGUUCGAGAGACGCUCUUCGGUAAGAACACCAACCGGAGGUUCUAUGACUAG